AUGCCACUAACUAUCAUCGGAGCGCCCAGUUUCUUCACGGAUCCCGUCGAGUUCCUCGGAUUUCUCGGCUCUUUCGUCGUCCCCUGGUCUGCAAAAGAUCCAGGAUGGGGUCGCACAUACGAUGUGGUUCCAGAAGAAGAGUGA